UCCAGGUGCGGCGGCAGGAUCCGGGCCGGGGCCGGGCCGGGGCGCCAUGGCCGAGUCCCAGCUCGGCUGCCUGGACGAGGCGCACGUGAACGAGAAGGUGACCGCGGCGCAGGCAUCCUUCUACUACUGCGAGCGGCGGCGGGCCGCGCUCGAAGCGCUGCUGGGCGGCGGCGAGCAGGCCUACCGCGAACGGGUCAAGGAGGAGCAGCUGCGGGACUUCCUCUCCAGCCAGGAGCGUCAGGCCCUCGGCGCCGCCUGGAGCCCCUACGAAGAAGUCGCCGCCGCCGCCGCCGCCGCCGCCCGGGGCAAGAGCAAGGCCGUGGCCGAGACCCCAACGCAGGCCGCGGCCGAGUCCGGCGAGUCCCUGGCCUACUGGCCCGACCGCUCCGACACCGAGGUGCCCCCGCUGGAGCUGGGCUGGACCGAAUCGUGCUUCUACCGUGGCGUGAGCCGCGUCAGCCUCUUCACUCACCCCCCUAGGAAGGAGAAGGCGCCCCACCUGAAGCAGGUGGUCCGGCAGAUGAUCCAAGAGGCCCAGAAGGUCAUUGCUGUGGUCAUGGACCUCUUCACUGAUGGUGAGAUCUUCCAAGACAUCGUGGAUGCUGCCUCCAAGCGCCGAGUCCCCGUGUACAUCAUCCUGGACGAGGCAGGCGUGAAGUACUUCCUGGAGAUGUGUCAGGGCCUGGAGCUCGCUGACUUCCGUAUUCGGAACAUCCGUGUCCGCUCUGUGACAGGUGUUGGCUUUUACAUGCCCAUGGGGAAGAUCAAGGGGACCCUGUCAUCCAAGUUCCUAAUGGUAGAUGGUGAAAAAGUAGCCACUGGAUCCUACAGAUUCACCUGGAGUUCCUCCCACGUGGACAGGAACCUUCUCCUCCUCCUGACGGGGCAGAACGUGGAGCCCUUCGACGUGGAGUUCCGGGAGCUGUACGCCAUCUCCGAGGAGGUGGACUUGUACCAGCAGCUGGGCCUGGCAGGAGGCGCUGGCAGGCUGGGCCUCAACCACGCCUCCACUGUGGCUUGCAAGCUAAUCAACCCCAAGUACACCCUGGUGGCAGGCGGCCGCCACCCACCUGGGGAGAUGACGCGCUGGGCUGCCCGGCGGCAGCGGGAGGCGGGCAGCAACGCAGAGGGGCAGGAGGAGGGCGGCAAGGGCGGCGAGUCAGCACGGCGCCUGGAGAGCUUCCUGCACGACCUGGCCACGCUGGAGCAGGUGCUGCCCCCGGUGGAGCCCGUUCUCUCGGGAGAGCUGAGUCAGGAUGGCAGGGUGGUCUCCCACCUGCGUGUGGACCUGAAGCCCAGACCCCGGGAGGCCCUUGCCCGAAACGGCAGGGGAGAAACUGCCAACGGGGAGGCCACCGCGGCCAAGGAGGGCAGGCGCUUCAGCAGCAGGUUCUUCAGCCGGCGGUCCAAGAGGCCCGCAGCGCCCAAUAGCACGGCCGGUGCCCUCUCCCCCGAGGCCUUGGCCGAAGCGGAGUUUGUGACGGGGAAGAGGCCCAACCAGGGCUCCAGUGACGUCUCAGGUAAAACAAGUUCCAGUCCUGCCAAGGCCAGCAAUUGUGUGAUUUUGUGAGCUGCGGGCCAGCUGUCGGCAGGACCUGUGGAUGCCCCCAUCCUGUCCUGUGGAGACACAGGUCAAACCCUGCACCAAUUUGCACAUCGGACGCCUACUGGCCUCCUGCCCCAGCAGCCUCCAUCCUGGCCUCAGGGACCCUGUAUCCCAGAUGUGAGGGUCUGCAGCAUCUCAAGACAAUCACACGCCUCCACAAGACUGUCGUGGCCGGGCAGGGGGUCAGCCUUUGUUUACAUGAAGUGGAAGCUUGA